AUGUCUGGGCUAAAUUUUGUCAAAUCGAACAGCAACAUCGAUGCAAUGCUCGCCAACAAUAACUCUUCACCAUCUCAUCACAAAGAUGAUUCUGCAAAGAAAACAAUGACAAACAAAGAUCCAUUUAAAAAUUCUCCGAUAAAUCUUUCGAUGGAUAUUCCGAUGGAUGAAAAACCAGAAAAGUAUAAUAACAAUAAUAAUAAUAAUUCAACAACCUCGCUGACUCCUCCUCAUCCAAUUUCUUCUCAACAUUAUUAUAGGAAAUUAUUUUCGGCAGGAAAUGAUAAGACUUCAUCAUCACUAGAAAAUGAUUCAUCUCAAAACAGUCAUCAAAGCUCUCAUCAUUCAAUUUUGUCGCCAUAUUCUGUUCAGACAGGUCAUCCUCCGUCACCCAUGGUGCUAACACCACCUGCAUUAAUGUAUCCCGCAAACAACUAUCCUAUUGUCAUGCUUCCACCACAAUACUAUAAUACUUCACCCUCUAAUUCUUCAUUUCCGUCAAUGAUUACUGACGCUUUAUUUUCCCUAUUCAAAUAUAUCAUCACAUUUUUGAUCUCUAUUGGAGUUUUUAAAUUUGGAAAAAGAUGGUUUAAAUCAUAUUUUAGUUAUUUAUCCAAAAAGAAGAUAUUCGAAAAUUCUGAACCUCCAAUAGUAUCAUUGCCCGAGAAUAAUGAAAAUAGUGUUUUAGCUGAAUCCAAAGAGGAGGACACUGUUCACAAUAAUCAAGAACACCAACCUAUCGCCAGUUCCAAGUGGCAGUCUACUCAACAAAGAGAACCUAUCAACGAUAUUGGAACGAUUUUAUUCUUGCAAAGAGAAUUGAAUGAUUUAAAAUUAUACAUGAAUGAAUUGAAAACCAAAAUUAGCGACAUCCCUUCGAAUUCUUCCUUUUCAUCGACACUUUUAAAACAAAUCGAAAUGCAACACGAACAACAAAAAUUAGUGCUCUCUCAGAAUUUCUCUCAAAACAAACACUCUGAUAAUUUACUAAAUAUAAUGGAAAUGCAAAGAGAAAUUAGUAAUUUAAGAAGUGAUAUUUCCCAGCUCAAAGGAAUGAUGACAAUGACACCUACUAUUUUAUCUUCGAACAUUUCUCCGACAAGAUUGUAUCAAACAUCCCAACAUUCCGAAAGGGACAGAGACCAACAGAACUCCUCUGUGAUGCAUAACCCUUCUUCUACUGCUUUCCAACCCAAGUUUUUACAACAAAAUUUAACGAGCCACUCAGUGAUUAGAAACGAAGCAGAAGUGGAACAAACCAACUAUAGAGAAAUAUCUACUGACAGCAACACCAUUGAACGCCCUUCGUCACCGUCACUCAACAUCUCAUUCAGUAAGUCAAAGGAUGAGCCUACAAAAUAUGUGACUGGUAUUAACAAACGUACAUCAAUUAAUCAAGCCAUGGAAAUCGACACAAAUAGGACUGGAAUCGACGUCACAAAUAUCGUUCAAGAAAAACAACCAUCUCCAGUAAUUUCAUCUUCAUCAGAAAAGUCCAGCUCUGAAAAAACCAAUCAGUUCUAUGAUAACUCUGAAAAAACAGAAAAACCUGAAACUGAACCCGUUUUGAAUAGUACGAACACUAACUUUGAUUAUUACACAGAAUAUGGAGAAAAGAUUGAACCAAUCAGUGAAGAAGAAUAUAACCAAGUUUAUGAUGACUAUUUAAGUUCUCUUGGUAAGAGAUUUGAAAAUCAAUUCAAUUUUCAUACCGGGGUUGACGUGGAACAAGAGAACAACUCUGCAAAGACCAACAACCAAGAAGAUAAAUCUUCUGCCGCUCAUGAAGACACUGCAACGUCCACUACAGAAGAACAUCAAAUUGCGGAGAAUACUAAUGUUCAGCAACCUCAAGCGAAUAAGCACAUUUCUGAAAAUGAGCAAGCAAUUUAUGACGAUGGCACUACUCCUUCAGCUGAACGAAAAACAGUUUCUGAUUUUGAUACAACCUCUCCAGUGGAUGCCGACGUUUUCAAUAUCCUAAAAACACCAAGUCUUUCAUUUGACGAGUUGUUUGUUAAGGCUGCUCCCAAAACAGAGAGUACUGUGAACUAUGGAAAUAAUGAAUUCAACAGCAUCCAUAUGUACGAGGCAGAUAAUAUUAUUUCAUCCAAUAAUAACUCUGUCAAUCAAACCACAUUAAUGACUCCUUCCUUGAAAGAGGCAACUAAGGAACUUCGAAAAACUCAAUUAACUGCUAAGCAAAAGAAAUCUAAAAUAUUUGGAAUGUUGUUAGGUCCAGAAAAGAAGAAGAAAAAGAAGAAAGAUACUGCUCCAAAAGAGGAAAAGCAAUCAGAACAAGAACAGUUGCAAACGUCUCAAGAAAUUGCAUCAUCUUCAACCGAAGUCGCAGCACAAACCACGCCAUCAUCUACAGGCGAAACAAAUAACAUUGAAUUUGUCACACUCAAAGAACAGAAAGAAAAUAUUUCUUCCAAAGACACAUCCAACAAUCUCGAAGUAUUUACGAGAUUUGAAAACUAUCCAUUUGAUUCAGAUGAAAGAUUUCAAAGAAUGCUUUCAUUAACUGCAGAUGACGAUGAAUGUCCUGUCGACAAAAGCAAUCCAAACUUUUUAACAAUUCAAAAAGGAAUUUAUUUUAAACAAUUAUUGGGAAAUGAUGAAUUUGGUGUGGAGGCCUAUUUCAAGCAUAAAGGAAUUGAUAUUGGCAGUUCAGCUGUUCAGAACGAAUAA